UGAAGCCAUACUUAAAUUGAAUGCAAAAAUGAGUUGACUAAUUUUAAUGAAAUAAGUACAAUCAGUUAGUGAGUGAGUGGUACUCACUUCUGAAUUAUUCUGAGGAGAAAUUUAUCGAUCAACCAAAUAUAUUAACCUUUCGCAAGUUCAACGAAAUUUUUUUAUUAUUAGACUUAUGGUCUGUCUGGCUAACCAGUUACGCAAUUAGUUAAAUUUAUAUAGAAGUUAGAAAUGACUGAUCGGAUUACCAACCUUUACAUUUUUGACAGUCUAGUUUUUUCUAACAUGAUGUCUUAGGUUCAACAACUAUUCAAAUAAGCCUUUAUAAAGCACUAUGACAUCAUCCAGGUUGUUAACCAAAUGAAAUUAUUAAUGUGUCAUGAUCAGUCCAUUGUCUGGCUAAGAUUGUGUACCCUUAUCUUACCAUUUUCAUUCUCUUCAGGUCAACAUUGGUCAAUCACUUUUGAAGGUUGGAUGUAUAUUUUCAUACUCCUUUUCACAUCAGUCUAAGUGGCCUGAAAUAUUAAAAGUGAGAUUUACGGGGGAGAGGUGGUUAAAAUCUGAAUAAACCAGAUAAAAUCAGAAUUCCCAACAAAUUUAUAAACCAAUCAGAAGCUGAGUUGAAAGAACAAAAAUUUAAUUUAUUAAUUUCAUGGGCUAAGUCAUGGCUCUAAAUGUCAGUACCAUGUUUUGAAUCACAUCAUUAAGAAGAGAGGACCAUUCCAAAUUACUACGUCCUUAUUUUUCUGGUUUUCAAAAUAUUAUAUCACAACAGCGACUUCUGGUUCAGCUUAAUAAAUGGAUCAAUUUAACGGUCGAUCACACCGAUUUUACUCACCCGGUGUCAAUGAGAUGGAUGAAGAAAAUUUAUAUCCACCGUUAAGUGGAGGAUUAUACAAUCAUAAUCGAUUAAACCGAAUGACAUUUUUCUCAACAACUUCAUCAAAUUCAUCUUUGGCCUCAGGCUUAUCAGAUACAAAUUUUAUUAAUUUAGAACAGACAGCGGCUACUGGUAAUAGUAGUAGUAGUAGUACAACUAAUCGUUUUGGAUUUUCUGACGGAUUAAUGAAUCAUGAACAUACUGAUAAUGAUAGACAGCAUUUGAAUGUGGUCCGGACUAACAGUUCUCAUAAUUCUUCAAGAUUUAUGUAUAAUCCAUUAAAUGUUUACGAUGCUGGCGAGAAUUUACCACCAGUUGCAAAUUCUGAACAUUACAGACAAACGUAUAGUCCUAAUUUUAUACAAAAUACUAGUGAUUCUAUUAGUAAUGAUUCUGGAGUAUCUCCAUACUGUUCAAUUGUAUCAUUCCAAAAUAAUAUGAAUGGACAAAAUUUCUGUAUUGACUGUCGUUACAACCAUAUAAUGAUAAGUGGACAAGUGUGUUCAUGUAACUGUCAUAAUGAGUCAAAAGAAGUUACAACGACAUCAAUACUAAAUUUCAGUGCCAAUAUGAGGAGUGCUCAUUUUUUAAAUCGACCCUUAUCGUCUGAUAAUUAUCCGACACCAACUAAAUAUUCGUGGAAUAGCACCUCAUCAUUAUCAGAAUCAAUGACACAUCCAGUUCUCCCUCCACUUACAAACGCAUUGACUGAACAGUGUAAUCAUAAUCCCGUUAAUAAUCAUAAUACAUUCCGCUAUUUUGGUGUAUCUUCUCCAAUUACAACUGAUAAUUCCCCAAGUGGAUACGAUUCAUCGAAUGAUUCACCUUCUCCAUCAGCACUAGAGUUAACCGGUGAUGUAAGAACAGUAAAUUUUGUUUCUCACGAUCAACCUCCAUUAAGAACAUGAUGACGAUGAUGCAUUUUUCAUUCUUUAUUUUAAAAUAGACUAGUUUUCUUUCCUACAAAUGUCAAACAUAAGGUUAUGCGUACAGAGAAAUCAUAGAAUAAAACAUGAGAAAUUAAUGAACAUUUAAAAUCCCAAAAAGCAGAGUUCAGACGGUAGUUAUGUCGAAUGAAUCAGUGAAUAAAAACUACAAAAUUCAGCGACUAAUUAAUUACAUUAAGUAACACAGUGUUACUUCUGCUCCAAAUCCUUAUUUAUGUAUUCUUUACCUUUGUACUUAUUUUGAUAUUGCUCUUUUGGUUAAAUCAUUUAGUACUUCUAUGCAAAAAUAUUAGAAAUAUUGUUUUUCAAUCCCGGUCUCAAUGCACUAGGUAUUUUGUCUUGUUUUGUUUUUUAAAAUGGAAAUUAUUGUUUUACUCAUUUACCCAAUUUUGGUCUUUGUAUUUUUUUUUAAAAGAAAAAAGAAUGAAAUUUAUUAUACAAUUAAAAUAUCUACAUAUUCUCAACUCCCUUCGCUAAAAAGCAAACUAUACUCGAUCUCAUUUACAAAUGAUCUCCGGUUACAACUGUAAUGAACUUUGUUUAUUUUUUAGGAUAUGAAAAAUUGAAAUCAAAUUGUCAAAUGUGUAUCAAUAAUGAAUUAUUUUUCAGAUGGAAAUGCCCUUGAAACUUUUGUUUUCUAUAUGGGUUUGGGGUUGUAAGCAGCGAGACUAUCGGUUGUAGGAGUUUACUUUGGAGGUAGCGUCAUGAGUGAUUGAAGUUAAUAAAUCCAUGAAUAAAACCAGGUAGUUGUUCAAUGUUUCUUAUUUUCAGUGAUGAUUGAAUUGAGGUAAAACUGUAUAAACAAUAAAUUGAAUCGAGCUUCAUAUGUAACUAUUUAAUCUUUUAAUUCAUCAUUUCAAACAAAUUGUAUCAAGCUACAUGUGCAGCUUAACAAUAUUAGGAAUAGUGAUAGCUGAUUCUAUAAAUAAUUGUUAAAUGCACUCUAAUUUACCGACAUGAUCAAGUUAAUACAAAUGGAGAGGGGUUAUCUCGAAAAUAUGAGGUUCAUGACAUAAGUCAUAAAUUAUUUAGACAAAAUUUGUCGCGGAAUUGUUAUAGUGAAGUAUCAGAUAUAUUUAGAUCGCUUAAUCAGAAUCAACAUCAUUUCCAAAUAUAAUAUCAUCAACGAAAUGCACACCGUAAUAGUCAAGGAUCUUGCAAACAUAGAUUUGUUUUUAAUAAGUAGUGAGUUAAAAACAUAAAUACACUUAGUGCAUAACUAUAACUUUGAGCGCUUUGAAAUGAAAGAUAUCAUAUCAGGUCAUAUUAAAUGGUUUAAUUACUGGUGAUACAAUUUUGGGUUACACAAUGCUUCCUUAUACAACUUUGAGUAGAGGCUGUUGUUUCUAUUUGGUCAUGUAAUUCGUUGAGAAAAAUAAAAAUUAGUUUAGUUUUUAAAACUUAACCGGCUUUAAUCAGUUAACUAAUAAUGUUUCUAUAGUCCAAAAAAGGUAUCGCAUCAUCCCUAAAAACGUUAAUGACUUUGGGAUGCUCGAUGGCAAAGUGACACGGCAUAUAAGGACCGGUAGGAGGACUGAGAUGUUAUUUUAUCAAAGAGGAGAGAUGAAUCGUUUAGCAUAUUGUGAUUCUAGUCCAGUUACUGCACAGAAAUAAUUUACAAUGAAAACGGAAUGAACGAAAGAAGAGUUCUUUGGACAACACCCAUAAGAAGUUAAUGUAAUUUUUUGCUCAUAAACCACCCAUUAAGUUAAACUGAAUGAGGAUUAAACAGAUUUACUGUUUAGUUAAAAGGAACGCAUCAUAAGGAAGUCGUUUUAAAUUGUGAAAGACUUCUGAAACCCUGAAUCAAAUAAACAAAAGUUUACAAAAGCUGGCGUUUUAAUCGAUUUUCUUUAAUCCACUUUUCGGUUGUUAUGAUCGCCAACGUUUUUAGAGAAUACGACACCAGUAUUUUUAUGUUUCAUGACUAUUUACACGUUAUUCCGUCGAGUAAAAAUAUCCAUUAAAUUCGUGCUACUGAUCAAUAACUAGUAGUUAGCUUUCUCAAACACAAUUUAUCGACAAUUUAAAGAUCUCCCUCUGGAUUAUUAAUUUGGAUUUAUAAUGGUAGAACCUGAUGAGAAAUUAUUGAAAAGAAUAUUCUU